AUGGUGACCUCAACAGCACUGGUACUUUCGCAGCAACAGGUCUCCUUCCCAGCGGCCUCGGAUCGAACGAACUUGGUCUCAACGUCGAAGGCAUUGGACAGAUUAAACUACCGCUACCGACACCGCGAAAUCCUCGUCAACAAGAGCCUGCUGGCGCCCUUUGAGCACAGCGGGAGAACAGUCCUCGACAAGAGUGUUCGCAGCACGUGGGAAAUCGAUUUAAACGCGCAGCAUGUCUCCUUCGCGGACGAAGAAACCUGGGCGCCAGUCCGAGCCUCGUAA